AUGGGAGCCAAGCUUUGCGCCGCGGAGGAGGGGCUCACCAGCGCGCAGUCCACCGUGCAUGAAUGCCGCUUCCCCCUCUGGGCUGUGAGGGUGGCCGACUUCCUGAAGAUGCGGGGCCCUCCCGAGCACCACGAGGCCCUGCGAGAGCGGGGCUUGCUGCAGAAGUGGGAGCCGAGCAUGUUCGUGAUCUUCGUCUCGCACCAAUGGCUCAGCUCUGUACAUCCAGACCCAGAGGGUGAGAAAGUGAAGCACCUCCAGCAGACGCUUCUCGGUCUGAUCGACGGAAGUUUGCCGGUGGCCGAGGACAUUGUCUCCCGAUCGGACGACAAGAGUCUGUCACCCAACGUGCGCCGACGCAUUGCCGAUGGCUUUCUCUUCUUCGACUGGUUCUCCAUACCCCAAAACCUGCCCCAAGAGCGCGGGCCGAAUGAAGAUGCUGCCUUGGCUGUUCAGAGCAUCCCGGCCUACGUGGAGCUCUCGAACUUCUUCAUCGCCUUCGUGCCGGCGCUGACGCACAAAGACUCGUCGGAGCCGGUGAACUACGCCACGUGGCUGUCCAGGGGGUGGUGCCGCGCCGAGCUCUGGUGCCGGCUCCUCAGCAACAAGGCCGACACCUCCGUGGUCGUCGCGUACUCCAAGACCGAGGCGGAGUUCCUCUCACCGCUGGACUGGCACAACAACAGCAUCGUGGAGGGCGAGUUCACGGUGGAGGCCGACCGGGCCGCGGUCGUCCGCCUCGGUGAGAUGGCCGUCGAAAGCAAGAUCCGGCAUCUGCAAGAGAAGGGCCCCUUGAGCCACUAUCGCCUCUACUCUGCCCUUCGCCCGCAUCUCCUCCGCCAGCAGCGGAAGGAGCGAGAGAUUGAGGAGUUUCUGGGGCAGUUCUGCUUCGACGGCUGGAUGGAAGCAGUGCAAGACAGCAGCGGCAUGAAUGCCGUCAUGUGCGCCGUGAUGUCGGGCGACACCGGAAUCUUGCAAUUGCUGGCUCAGAGUCGAGCAAACAUGAACCACACCCUUCAAGGUAUGGGAGACUUGGGAUAUUACGACACCCAGACAGUGCUCAUGGCAGCAACGAAGUCGCGGCAGGAUCCCUCUGUGCUGGCAGCCCUGAUCGAGCUUCGUGCCGACGUCAACGCCCGUGCCAGAACAGGCCUUGUUGCCCUUUGUAUGUCCCGAUCACCCGCGCACGUGAACGUUCUCUUGGAGCACCGCGCUGACAUGCCCCACUUCGUGCUGACGUGUGUGUCCUCCUUUGCGUGCCCAGACACGGUUCAAGCGCUUCUCGCGCAUCGGUGUGACCCAAAUCAAACAGGAGAUCCCAGUGUUGGUCCUGGAUACGGGGCGCUGCACGCCGUGGCUUUAUUCUCGCGCAGAAACCGCAGAGCCGUUGACACGGCAAAGUUGCUACUGGCACACCAUGCUGACAUCAAUGCGCGCAAGGAGAUCUCCGGAAUCUUGCUGAGGCAGCACUGGGCUGCGCGGAUCCAGAUGGGCCUCUUGGGCUUCUCCAACUGCAACAUGGUGAUCCGCCUUAGGGCCUCCAUGGCAGGCUUAUCCCCGCUGGGAUAUGCAGCCAUGGUCGGCCACGAACAGCUGACGCAGCUUUACUUGGAGCGCGGGGCGGACCUGCUACCAAAUGAACGCGGCGACUCUCCAGAAGACCUGGCGCGGAAGAACCACCACGACCACCUGCUGCCCAUGUUGGCCACCCGCAGUGUCCAAGUUUAG